AUGACGAGAGGUGUUGGAUUUGGCAUUUUGUUCACUUUACUGUGGCCCAUACUCAUAAAUGGACGAUUUCAUUUGAAAAACGUGGUGUGCGAGUCCUUGGACACUUCGUAUUCGGACUUUAAACGCUGUGAAAUGAAGGUCAUUGGACGGGGCGUGUCCGCCUUCUAUAUGAUCUGGAAAUUUUAUUCGGUGCCAAUUGACAAUUUCGAACUCAACUUGUCCCUCCACAAAAGAUCGAACGGAUACCGACCUUUUCUGUUUAAUCAGAGCCUGGAUUAUUGCUACUAUAUGCGCAAUCCUCAGGCUUAUCCACUGAUAAAUAUGUUACACAAGUCAUUUUUGGCUACAUCGAAUAUAAAUCAUUCCUGCCCUUAUGACCAUAACUUGAUCAUCAAAGAUUUUAUCUAUAAAGAUAACGACCUGAAGGAUCUGCCCAUACCCAAUGGCGAUUAUAUGAUACAAAUAAAAGUGGCAACUGAUAAGAAGUAUCGUGCCUGUAUUAAGGUUCAUAUGAAGAGAAUGGACUAA